ACGGCCGCCGCCAGGGAGCACGCAUGCGUCUUGUCUUUGAAUGGGUGGCGCCCUUAUCCUCGCGGCGGCUGUAGGAGCGGUGGCCGUGCUGCUGGCCGUGCGGCUAUGGGCAGUGCUGCGUCCCCGCGCCGCUGUGCCCCGGCGGUCUCUCAGCCUCUUGGUGGUGGCUGGGUCCGGUGGGCAUACCACUGAGAUCCUGAGGCUGCUUGAGAACUUGUCUGAUGCUUACUCUCCUAGACAUUAUAUCAUUGCUGACACUGAUGAAAUGAGUGCCCAUAAAAUAAAUUCUUUUGAAUUAAAUCGAGCUAAUAGAAAUCGCAGUGCUAUGUUUCCCGAAUACUAUAUUCACCGCAUUCCCAGAAGCCGGGAGGUCCAGCAGCCCUGGCUGUCCACGGUGCUCACCACCUUGUACUCCAUGUGGCUAUCCUUCCCCCUGACUCACCGAGUGAAGCCAGAUUUGGUGUUGUGUAACGGACCAGGAACAUGUGUUCCUGUCUGUAUAUCUGCCCUCCUCCUUGGAAUACUAGGAAUAAAGAAAGUGAUCAUUGUCUACGUUGAAAGCAUCUGCCGAGUGGAACAUUUAUCCCUGUCUGGAAAGAUUCUGUUUCACCUCUCCGAUUACUUCAUUGUUCAGUGGCCGACUCUUAAGGAGAAAUAUCCCAAAUCUGUCUACCUCGGGCGAAUUGUUUGACGAUUGACAACUUACUUCUUUAGAAUUGUGCAGUCAACAAUAUUUACUAUAAAUGGGGAACAAAAGACUACAUGCUUAUUGUAAAAGCUUUUGAGAAUCCUGAGAAUUAUUGGUGGUCAAAAGUAAAGAAAUGUGUAAGUAACCCAGUGAGAAAACUGAAGUUACUCUUAUAAACAUUUAUAAACCAUUAAGUAU